UAUAUUAAUUUAUAUUUUUUCCGAGUAACAUAUCCUCGUAUUGCUUAGAAUAACCAAGAUAUUUAAGUGGACAGAGUUAUGAGACACAUAUGCAUAUUAUAAGUCCUUCAAAAGUAAAAUAUCAACAACACAAGAAGGUAUAUAUUGUAGGGAGGGAAAAAAGCGUUUCAUGCGCUAUGUCGUUAUUCGUUACGGCCAGUAACAAAGGUCGAUGACGAUCAUAUCGGGAUAAAAUGAAAUAGAAUGAUGACUUUACAGCAUUGCUGUAGCCUUUCAAUCAAAGUGUCAACAAUUAAGAUAUCAUUUUAUAGUUGAUACUUUAAUUGGGAGGCUACGCCACUGCUGUGGAAUCAUUCUAUCUCAUUCUGUCUCGAUAUGUUCGUUGUUAUCCUUUGUUACCGGCCGUAGCCGACAAGGACAAUGCGUGUGAUACCUAGAGAGGUGAAAUAGGAUGAGAACGUGAGUUUGACUCGUAAACAUCUCGCGAAAUCAUAGUAGUCAUGAGCAAGAAGUUGGGCAGUUCUGGUCUACAUUCCAUAAUUCAACAAAAUAUUUAUUGAAUCAGAGUUUUAUAAAAAGGUUAAAAAUGACAAGAUUAACUAAUAUGUAUUACUCCCAGUAUGAGAGUAACACAGAAAGCGAGCCUGGCUAUGAUUCUGAUAAUCCAGAUGCAUUUAAAAGCUUAAUGGAAUCACCAUCUCAAGCCGAAUUUCGUAAAUAUCUUGAACAAAGACGUAGCGAAGAAGUAUUGCACGAAUCUUGGAAGCUUAAAUUACGUGAAAAACCAGACCUUGCAGAAAAUAUCAAAGAGCAAUGUGGUAUGGCAGUUGACCUAAAAGAUGAUCGAGUAUGUUAUGUUUAUAAACCUGCCAUUGAGAGUACUAUUGUAGGCAUAAAAUUUAAAAUAACAUUUGAAUAUAUCAAACUAUUGCGCAAAUGGUACCUUAGUUUGGGACGUAGUCGUUUACCAGACGUAAUAAAUAUUCAGAAUAAAUUUAAGGAUGGUAUUUAUGAUCCUAUUAAACCAAAAGUACUUGCAUUUAUACAAAAGGUCAAAAACAAGUUUGAUAUUUAUGUACAAAGAUUGGUGAACACAUAUAAAGUGAUCGAUACUAUAAAAGAAACCUACAAAUAUAUGGAAUUUGAAGUAAAUCCAUCCUUAACUGACAUAAAAGCAGUGUUGAAAGAUGAGGAAUGGCCAAAAAGUAUUAAAAAAAUAAGCCAUCAAGACUGCAUAAUUGUGAAAUUGUCACUAGAUACUAAUCUUGAAGUUAGUGAUGUUGAAUAUGAAUAUGUAUAUAGUGAACAAACAUCUACUUUAAAGCACUAUAAAAUGUGCAUAAAACAAUUAGAAAAGAAAUUACAAAUAUUUUUUGAUUAUCCUUUGGUAGAGGCCUUUAUAACUUUCAUGAAGGAAGAUUAAAUUCUGGACACAUUUCAUCACCAUUUCUAUCAUUAAAAUAAAUCAU